UCUUAUAGCAAUGGCCUCUUCCAAAGCUCUCCAAAUGAUCUUCCCUUUCACCCUUCUUCUUCUUUUCUUCUUCCCUCAUCCAAAUAUAUCAACUCCAAUGAUUUUGAAACAUAAUUCCCACAACAUGAAUGCAUCUUCCUUAAUGUUUCUUAAGAAGGAUCUCCAAGGAUGUCGUGUAGGUGAUACAAUACAAGGCAUUCAUCAAAUAAAAAAAUACCUUCAACGUUUUGGUUACAUUACCAAUAUUAAAAAGCACUCCAAUUACCCCAUAUUUGAUGACACUUUUGACCAUAUCUUGGAAUCCGCCCUUAAAACUUACCAAAAAAACCACAAUCUUGUUCCCUCUGGAAUCUUGGACUCCAACACCAUUGCCCAAAUGGCUAUGCCUAGAUGUGGGGUUCAAGAUGUAAUAAAUGGAACAACAAGAAAAAGAAACCAAAUUUACAAAAAUGGCCAUACCCAUUUCCACAAAGUUUCUCACUUUACUUUAUUUGAAGGAAACCCAAAAUGGCCUUCUUCAAAAUUCCAUUUAAGCUAUGCAUUUCCUCCAGGCUACCCAAGUGAAGCAAUAAUGGCAGUGUCAAGAGCUUUCUCAAAGUGGGCUUUGAAUACCCAUUUCACAUUUUCACAUGUUGUAGACUAUAACAAAGCUGAUAUCAAAAUAAGCUUUGAAAGAGGAGAGCAUGGAGAUGAUGCUUCGUUUGAUGGUGUGGGAGGAAUUUUAGCACAUGCUUAUCCACCAACGGAUGGAAGGCUUCAUUUUGAUGCUGAUGAGCCUUGGUCUGUGGGAGCAAUUUCUGGUUAUUUUGAUGUUGAAACUGUGGCUUUGCAUGAGAUUGGACAUAUUCUUGGCCUUCAACAUAGCUCUAUUGGAACAGCUAUUAUGUUCCCAAGUAUAUCAGCUGGUGUUACUAAGGGUUUGCAUUGGGAUGAUAUUGCUGGAAUUAAGGCUCUAUAUCGAGUUUGAUAUAAUCAAUACUCAAAUUAAGAUGCUUGUGAAUACUUGAUUAAAGCUAAAUUAUGGAAAAUACAUGUAAAAUGUCUUAAUGUGUUGAAUUAUGUUUAGGUUUGUUGUAUUAUUUAUAUCCAAAUC